UGCCCGCCUCCCUGCCCAGCCGCGGAGCAGCGGGCGAGCCGGGCGCACGGAGCCAGCGCAGCCGGGAGCCCCGGCCCCGGCGCUCCCCUGGCCCCGGCAUGCGUCCCCGGGCCGCGCCGGGACCCCGGGGCGCGAGGGCUCCGCCGGCCCCGAGCAGCGCCGCGCCCGGGCCAGGUCUUGGCGUUGCAUGGAGCUCUGGGCAGCCUAGCAGCGCUGAGCAGUGAGAGGAAGUGGCUCCUUGCCCGAACUCCCCUGUAUGGUUCAUGCUGUUCUGUAGGAUGUAUUUGCUUUCCUCCUCCAUCCUUACAUGCCACCCACAACUCAUCUCAUCUGAUGGUGCCUUCAUCCUCCACCAUGAAUGAUGAGCAGAGACUGCACAACAAUGCAGUAGCCUGGCUGGUCUGCUCAGGGGUCUCAAUUCUCACCAACACCUGGGGGAUCCUGAGCGUGAGCGCCAAGCAGAAGAAAUGGAAGCCACUGGAGUUUUUGAUCUGCACCCUGGCCGGGACGCACAUCCUUAAUAUUGCCAUCCCUGUCACCAUGUAUUCUGUGAUCCAGCUCCGGAAGCAUCACUCAGACUACGAGUGGAACGAGGGCCUCUGCAAGGUCUUUGUCUCCACCUUCUACACCUUGACCCUGGUCACCUGCUUCUCAGUUACCUCACUGUCCUACCACCGCAUGUGGAUGGUCCGCUGGCCAGUCAACUACAGGUUAAGCAAUACCAAGAAACAAGCUGUUCACACUGUGAUGGGGAUCUGGAUGGUAUCCUUCAUCCUCUCCACGCUGCCGGCUGUGGGAUGGCAUGACACCACCGAGCGCUUCUACGCCAGGGACUGCCGGUUCAUCGUCACAGAGAUUGGUCUAGGCUUUGGUGUGUGCUUCCUCCUCCUCAUCAGUGGCAGUGUGGUGAUGGGUAUUGUCUGCAUGGGCAUCACCCUCUUCCAGACCUUUUCCAUCCAGAUGGGUCACAAUGUGGACAAGAACAAGUUCAACGUGCCCACCAUCGUGGUGGAGGAUGCACAGGGCAAGCGACGCUCAUCCAUCGAUGGCUCCGAGCCCCUCAAGACUUCUCUGCAGAUCACCUACCUUAUCACAGGGAUUGUGUUCGUGUAUGACUUCCUGAUGGGCUUCCCCAUCCUGGUGGUGAGCUUCGCCAGCCUCAAGUCCGACGUGGCGUAUGCCUGGAUGGUGCUGUGUGUCAUCUGGUGCUCCAUCGUCCAGGCCAUUCUCCUCCCCCUCUUCCUCUGGGCCUGUGACCGCUACCGAGCAGAUGUCAAGUCCGUUUGGGAGAAGUGCAUAGCCAUCAUGUCCAAUGACGACGUUGAUGAAGACAACAGCCUGGAUGGUGCCAUUCACACAGACCUGAUGUACGAGAGGCCCUACGACUACAGCUACGGGGGGGAUGUCAUGACUUUGGACCACAUUGUGAAGUAUGACUUUUCGGCCCUGGAGCGAGGGAUCCCCCAGGUCUAUCCUCCCCGGUCAGUGCAAGAAGACAAAAUGCAGUAUCUCCAGGUGCCCCCCAUGCGACGUUACUCUCAUGAUGAGACAGACAUCUGGACAACAAGCCAAAUCUCAGCCUACCUGCAGCGCUGGGGGGCAGGAGAUGAUGUGGCAGGUCUGGCCCAUUUCCUUACGCCCCGACAAGACCGGCGACGUGGCAGCCUCAUCUCCUGCCCUGAGGAGCGGCUGCCUCACUGCAAGCGCAGGAGGUCAGCUGAAAGCCUCCUCUCCCUCAAGCAGCUGUCUCGCGAGGACCUCUACAAGGGGGACUACAAGUGCUUCAGCCGGGAGGAGGUGGUGAACUUCAUUGACGAGACCCCGCUACCCAGCCCCAGGAAGAGCCCCGGGCGUUCGUCCUCCGUGUCCUUGUUCCCUGACACCUUCCUGCACCCACCCAGCAGGCUGGCCGGCUUCCCCCUCACCCACUUUGAGCGGGAGCCCCAGGGGCUGCGCAGGUUCUCAGCACAAAGCCAGGGAUGCAGCCUGGUUGUGCCUGGGGCCCUGCACGCCCAGGAGGACCCUGUGUGCCUCUUUCCUGAGGGGAACCGAGGCCCUUGCAUAGGGCAAAUCCAAAUUGAACUCUGCGAGGCCCAGGCCCUGGACAACUGCCCGGCCAUCAGCAGCUGCUCUGAAUCAGGGGGGUUUCGGACGGCUCUAAGCACCUCCUGGGGUGACCAGGAAAACCUGGGGAGAGGUGGGAACAAAGGGAGCACCACAAGCUUUCUGAGCUCCCCUUCUGCUUCCUCUGGGUACAUCACAUUUCAUUCAGACUCCAUUGGCUCAGCUUCAUAGGUCCAGCAGCGCAGGGCCUGUGAUGUGCAUAUCCCUGCCGUCUCCUUGGCACGCCAAUUUUCUAUGGCUUUUCUUUUGUCUUUACAAAAUGUAGUCUUGGUUUGGAACCUGGAGGUGGGCAAAGCACCAAAGAAAUCCUAUAUAGUUCUCACACACAAAAAUAAAGGGAUGGGGAGGGGUGGGAGUGGGCAGGGGUGAGACUCGUCAAAUAUGGAUCUGCUCGGAGCAUGCUGUCAGGAUGCCGAGACCUGCAUGCAACAGGCAGAGAAUGGCCCACUCCUCCAGGAAGCUUUCAGUGUGUGGAUAGGCAACCUCAGGGGGGAGCGGGAGGAUGAGGGGGAGCAUGGGGCUGCUCUCCAUACCUGCCUGGUGGGAGCUCAAUCUAAUACCAUGUUCUCACCCCCUACUUACCAGUAGUAAUGGUUGUGCGUGUGUAUUUCUAGCUGUCAGUAUUACACAGUUUUCUCCUUAUAAAGCUGUUGUAGAAAGCCACACUCCGUUUGCUUCAAAAAUAAAUAAGGGUAUUGUUCAAUGCCCCCUGAGCAAGU